ACAGUAGAAGAAAUUAGUAGUGGUUUUUGUAUUUUUGCAGUCUUCAUGAAGUGCAGGUAGCGGGUAGUGUCGAGAGAAGUGCGAAGUCAGAUUCAGAAGUUGGAUUCACUUUAGCCUAACACCAGCUUUCUAGUUUUUCGGUUUGUUCGUAGUUUUAACGGAAAAUGGCUCAGUGGUACCGUUUGCAGCAGAUGGACUCUAAGUACCUGGAGCAGGUUGACCAGCUGUACGAUGACACCUUCCCCAUGGAGGUCCGUCAGUACCUCAGCCAGUGGAUCGAAAGCCAGGACUGGGAGCUUGUGGCAAAUAACGAUUCCUUGGCGACCGUGCGGUUCCAUGACCUCUUGGGCCAGCUGGAUGACCAGUACAGCCGAUUCACCCUGGAGAACAACUUCCUGCAGCAACACAACAUCCGCAAGAUCAAGCGCAACCUACAGGACCACUUCCAGGAGGACCCGGUGCACAUGGCCAUGAUCAUCAGCAAGUGCCUACAAGAGGAGCAGAAGAUCCUGGCGUCAGCGGAGAAAACCGAGGACAACAUCGGGAGCACACAGACCAGCAUGGUGGUGGAGAAGCAGAGGGAGCUGGACGGCAAAGUGAAGGACAUCAAGAACAGAGUCCAGGAAAUAGAGCAAAAGAUAAAAUCUCUGGAGGACCUGCAAGAUGAGCACGACUUCAAGUACAAGUCCCUGCAGAGCAGAGAGCACGAUGUGAACGGGGCGAACCAGAAGGAGGUGAAACGUGAGGAGAUGCUGAUUCGAGAGAUGUUCCUCAGGCUGAAUAUCCACAGAGAGGAGGUGGUGCGUCAGAUGGCGGACGUGCUGAACGCGGUGGAGCAGAUCCAGUACGCCCUGGUCACGGACGAGCUGCCCGACUGGAAACGGCGCCAGCAGAUUGCCUGCAUCGGGGGCCCACCAAACACCUGCCUGGACCAGCUGCAGACCUGGUUCACAACGGUGGCCGAGAGCCUCCAGCAGGUGCGGCAGCAGGUGAGGAAGCUUCUGGAACUGGAGCAGCAGUACACGUACGAGAACGACCCCAUUACCCAGAAGAAGGGCUUCCUGGAGGACCGGGCGCUGAACCUGUUCCGGAACCUCGUCAUCAACUCCAUCGUGGUGGAGAGACAGCCCUGCAUGCCCACGCACCCACAGCGACCCCUGGUGCUGAAGACGGGCGUGCAGUUCACCGUCAAGCUCAGGCUGUUGGUGAAGCUGCAGGAAUUUAACUACCAGCUCCGAGUCAAAGCAUCUUUUGACAAGGAUGUCCCUGAAAAAAACAAGUUGAAAGGCUUCCGCAAGUUCAACAUCCUUGGCACCAGCACCAAGGUGAUGAACAUGGAGGAGUCCAACGGCAGCCUGGCCGCCGAGUUUCGCCAUCUGCAAUUGAAAGAACAGAAGGCUGCUGGUAACAGGACAAAUGAGGGGCCGCUCAUCGUGACGGAGGAGCUGCACUCCAUCAGCUUCGAGACGCAGCUCUGCCAGCCGGGACUCGUCAUCGACCUGGAGAUUACCUCCCUCCCGAUUGUGGUGAUCUCCAACGUGAGCCAGCUCCCUAGCGGCUGGGCCUCUAUCCUGUGGUACAACAUGCUGUGCACCGAGCCAAAGAACCUGUCCUUCUUCCUCAGUGCCCCCCAGGCCCGCUGGUGCCAGCUGUCCGAAGUGCUGAGCUGGCAGUUCUCCUCCGUCACCAAGCGGGGGCUGAGUGAGGAGCAGCUCAGCAUGCUGGGAGACAAACUGCUGGGUCGAGAGGCGGGCGGAAACCCCGAAGGGCUCAUCCCCUGGACCAAGUUCUGUAAGAGCGAGAAGACCUUCCCCUUCUGGCUGUGGAUUGAGGGAAUUCUGGAGCUGAUCAAGAGACACCUGCUGGCACUCUGGAACGAUGGGCACAUUAUGGGUUUCGUGAGUAAGGACCGCGAGCGGGCGCUACUUAAGGACAUGAACUCCGGGACCUUCCUGCUGCGGUUCAGCGAGAGCAGCCGCGAAGGAGCCAUCACCUUUACCUGGGUGGAGUUCUCCCCCAACGGCGAGCCCCAGUUCCAUGCGGUGGAGCCGUACACCAAAAAGGAGCUCACGGCCGUCUCCUUCCCCGACAUCAUCCGCAACUACAAGGUCAUGGCGGAAGAGAACAUUCCAGAAAACCCGCUGCGCUUCCUGUACCCCAGCAUCCCCAAAGACAGCGCCUUCGGGAAGUACUACAGCCGGCAGACUGAACAAUCGGAGCCCAUGGAUGUGGAGAGCCCCAGCGUACCGGGGUACAUAAAGACAGAGCUGAUCUCCGUGUCGGAAGUUCAUCCUUCUAGAUUUCAAGACACCAUGCUGCCCUUGUCCCCAGAAGACUUUGGCGCACUCACAAAGUUCAUCAACCCCGCGGAGAUCGAGACCGUGAUGUGCAGCGCGUUCCCAAAUUAGACAGACUCCUAUCCGAACCUGGAUCCACCGGGCAAGGAGAGGUUCCUCAUCUUUUCGUUGAUGCUUGGAGUGUGACUCCUGCUGAAAGCAUUGGCUGUAUUAGCCUUCUCUGCAGUGACUUAUGUCUGCUUGUAUUACUGAUGUUACAUUAUUUGCACUUGUCUUGUACAGAUACUUGUUUUAAGUAUGCUCAAUCAAAAUCAUUUGCAUGUUGUUUUUUUUUAAAUGUCUGAAAUCCAACAGUUCAGUUCGGUUCAAUAUGUUUGUUUGGUUAUUUUUUUUUCCUCUGAAAAAUCCACAUUGUCAAACGUUAUUUUUAACUUAUCAUGACGUACUGUAGCAAGAGCAGUAACGGACCCAGGCGCCUAGGGGGCGCUGCUCCACAUUCAGAUGUGUGAAUAUCACUACGUAUGCAAUGCAAAUAAAUUCAUUUGUUUGUGCCUCUGAAA